GUACUAUAAUUAUGUGUCAUCGUUUACCAAGACUUGCGCUCCAAAAUAACUUUUUUAUUCCUUGUUCUAGGGUUUUUCUUUGUUCUAGGGUUUCAAAUCCGAAUUUGGGCACAUUGAGAGGAAAAUUGAUCGAUCUUAACCUGGUUUAGUCAAUUUGGGGGUUUCGAUUUGUCAUUGUUUUGGUGAAAUUUGUGAAUUUUGAUACUUAAAUAAUGCCACCGAGGACGGUGAAGAGAGGGGGUGCUGCGGCGGGAACGAGGAAGACGGCGAGAACCACGAGGGGUUCUCAGAAGGCCCAGAAUCAGCCUGUGCAGGAGGUUCCUGAAGAGCCUGUCCGGGUCGAAGAGGUCACUGUUGUUCCCGUGGAGGAAAAAGAGGAUGUCAAGGCUGAAGAGUCAGCUAUCACUCAGGAAAAAUCAUCACCCGCUGUUGAGAAGAAUCCCGUUCCUGUCGUUCAGAAGGAUUCUGAUAACAAAUCUGAAUUGAAAUUGGAGCCCAACGGGUUGAGAAAAGAUAAAAUGAAGGAAUCUGCGGAUGAAUAUGAAAAAGAUGAAAGGUUAGACCUCGAUGAUAAUGAUCCUGAGUACGAAACUGAAGAAUAUGGUGGUGUUGAUUAUGAUGAGAAGGAAACUGAUCAAGAAGAUGUCCAAGAGCUGGGUGAGGAAGGGGAAGAACACGAGGAUAACUUAGAUGAAGAAGAUGAGGGUGAUAUGGUUGAGGAGGAGCUGGAAGACAUUAAUGAAGAGCUUGAGGGAGAAGAGUAUGAAGAGAAUGUUGAGGAAGAGCAGGAGCACGUGGAGACUGUUGAUGCUGAGGAAGAUGAGCACCAUGAAGUUGUAAAGGAGAGGCGCAAGCGUAAGGAGUUUGAAGUUUUUGUUGGUGGCCUUGAUAAGGAUGCUACUGAGGAUGAUUUGAGAAAAAUAUUCAGUGAAGUUGGUGAAGUUACUGAAGUCAGGUUGAUGAUGAACGCUCAGACCAAGAAGAACAAGGGGUUUGCGUUCUUGCGUUUUGCUACAGUGGAACAAGCAAAACGAGCUGUUCAAGAUUUCAAAAGUCUAGUGGUAAAUGGAAAACAAUGUGGUGUAACUCCCAGUCAAGACAGUGACACUCUUUUUUUGGGUAACAUUUGCAAGUCAUGGACUAAGGAAGCUCUGAAAGAGAAGUUGAAACAUUAUGGAGUCAACAAUGUUGAGGAUUUGACAUUAGUAGAAGAUAGCAACAAUGAAGGCAUGAAUCGUGGAUUUGCCUUUCUGGAAUUUUCAUCUCGCUCAGAAGCUAUGGAUGCCUUUAAACGUCUUCAGAAAAGAGAUGUUGUGUUUGGAGUUGAUAGGCCUGCCAAGGUUUCUUUUGCAGAUUCGUUCAUUGACCCGGGUGAUGAAAUUAUGGCACAGGUUAAAACUGUAUUCGUUGAUGGCCUACCUGCAACAUGGGAUGAAGAUCGUGUUCGGGGGCUUCUUAAGAAAUAUGGGGAAAUUGUAAAGAUAGAACUGGCUAGAAAUAUGCCAUCUGCGAAGAGGAAAGAUUUUGGUUUUGUUACUUUUGACACUCAUGAUGCUGCAGUGACAUGUGCGAAGAGCAUUAACAAUGCAGACAUAGGUGAAGGGGACAACAAGGCUAAAGUUAGGGCUAGGUUGUCAAGACCACUUCAGAAAGGGAAAGGAAAGCAUGCUGGUCGUGGUGAUUUUAGGUCUUCACGACCUUCUGGGCGAGUGUUUAGGGGUUCUUGGGGCCGUCCAUCAUCACGUAGUGUUUCCAUGCGCACAACAAGAGGUGUUGCUAGUCGUUUUCCUCCAAGUACAAAGAGGCCUCUAGGAUAUAAAGAUCGCCGACCUGUGAUGUCUGUGCCAUCCAGACCCAGGCAUUUGCCUCCUCCAGCUAGGUCAUAUGACAGGAGAGCACCUGCACAAUCUUAUCCAAAGAGUAGCUCGAAGAGAGAAUAUAGUCGACACGACGAGAUUCCUCCUCCAAGAAGUAGAGCUGUUGCAGAUUAUAGUUCAAGGGCUGUCCAAGAGAGACGGCUGUCAUAUAGAGAUGAGUACUCCUCACGUGGUCAUGGCUACUCUGAUCCGCCUAGGAGUACAUCGCGAUCUUCAGGCAGGCGAGCUUAUGCUGAUGAUGGAUAUGGGCAAAGGUUUGACAGGCCUCCACCUUCUAGUUAUCGUGAAGGUGGGCGUGCACGCGAUUAUGAUUCUGUUUCAGGGUCAAAACGUCCUUACUCUGCCGUGGAUGAUGCCCCUCAUCGUUUUAGUGAUGCCAGUGUUCGUCAAUCGAGGGCACGCAUAGACUAUGAUUAUGGUGGCAGUGGUUCUCAGUAUGGGGAUUCCUAUGGUGAUAGACUUGGACGUUCUAAUUUAGGAUAUAGUAACAGCAGAACAAGUCAAGACUCACAUGGGAUGUAUAGCAGCCGUCAGGGCAUGGGUUAUGGAGGGGGUUCUUAUGGUGGUGGUGAUGGAGUAUACUCAUCAAGCUAUGGGAGUGAUUAUAUCUCACGUGCAUCUGAUGUUGGUGGUGGCUCAUACUCAUCCAUGUACUCCAGUCGUGGGGUGGGAGGGAGUAGUUAUAUGGGUAGUGGCGGUGGUGGUUCCGGUUCUGGUUCAUACUACUGAGGUAAUUUAAGCUUUUUUAUUUUCGUUUUGCUCUUAGUGGAUGGGUCAAUUUUCUAAAUGUAUUGCCAGCAGAUAAUUUUUGUCGAUCCUAAAAAAAAAAAGUAAAUAGUUAUUGGAGUUUUUAUUAGUACUUUCUACUGGGGAUCUCAGCUACUGAAGGCGGGCAUCUCUAUUAUGCUUAAGUGAUGUGGUUGGUGAAAAUGGAGCCUGGUCACAAGUGUGACUUUAUCUACGGAACAGAUCUGUGACAUACAAAGAGGCUGCUGUAGGAUGUGGACUUUUGAUGCUAACUUUAUGAAGAAAGAACCCUAUCAAGUUUAAUUGCUUCUCUUAUAUGUUCCAAGAAUUAUUCUUUAAUAUUUAAGGGCUGUAUUGGUUCAACCCUGCUUGGAUCUCUACAUAUGUGGAAAUUGUGUCGGAUCAUAAUUGUAAUGCUGUAAGGACGCAUGAACAUUUCAAAGAUGAAACCAAGAAGUGCUAUGUUGAUAUUUAUGACUUUCAUCUUCUGUUUUAUCUUCUAUAAGAACUCCGCUAAUUGGACAAUGUGGAGGCUUGCUUCGAUAUCUGUUCUUUUGGACAGUAUUAUCAGAGGUUUGAGGAUUUUCUGUAUUAUUAGGGUUCUUUUGGAUAUUUUUUGAACUGGCUCUUCUGGAAAGGUUCUAGCUUUUUCUGGCCACUUUUUACUGUUUCAGUGCCUCAUUAUACAAGCGAUUUAAUGAGGCUAACCAGAGACUCAAGUUUAAGGGAACUAUUUAGCUUGGCUAGAAUAACCUUUAAGUAUAAGGUUAUGAUCUUUAACUGUUGAAUUGGAUUUUAUUUGAUUGGUUUUUGAGUUUUGGUUGCUAUUUUGAAAAGAAAAUUACAGUUCUAUAUAAUUGAAUUAUAUGUGAUGGUGUCUUUAUUA